AUGGCAGGGAGGAAAUUACCCUCUUAUCCUGAUAUUAAACCAACAACUACAAUUAUAGAACAUGCUAAAUCCACACCGCAACAAAACAAUCCGAUAUUUCAGCAUCGUAGAAAUUCAGCUGAUUUAGAUCGUGUGUCUAAUACACUUGCACAUAGGCUUCUAUUUCCCAACACUUAUAUUGAUCAUCCUGAUAAAGAUUCAAUAAAAAAGCCAGCAAAGACCAGUUCUCGUCGAUUCUUAAGCAAACUUUUUAAAUCGGAAAAGCCGAAACAAACUCCAGUUGUACAACCAAUUCCAUUAACCAUUGGAAAUGGGUUAAUUGAAAUUGAAAAGGGAGAUAUUACAAAACAAACAAUGGAUGUUAUAAUUGUAAGUUCAUCGUCGAAAAAGUUAUGCGAAGUUUUACUGGAAGCAGCUGGAUAUCAGACUUAUUUGUCUUACAUUAGAGAAUAUGAAAAUAAUCCAAAUUCAUUACUUAUUUCGGCACCUCCAGGUCUUCUGUCUUGUAAAAGAAUAUUUUUCGUCAAAUGGGAGCCAGAUAAUAAUAAUGAAAUUCUUCGACAAUCAGUCAUUGAUCUUAUAUCAACUGUUGUACAAAACGUUCGAUCAUAUAACUAUACUUCAAUUGCAUUUUCAGCCAUCGGAUGUGAAGGACAUGCUUGUUCUGUUGAUGUUGUAGUUAAAACGAUGGUUAGGGAGAUGAAACAACACAUUCAAACGAGAAAAUUGUCGUGGACAGUAAAAUUCAUUAUUCCAGCUGAUCAGCAAAACGUUUAUGAUGAAUUUUGUAGGCAACUUUUAUUAUCUGAUCAUUUAUCUGGCGAUUAUCCAAUAUCUUUAACACGACAACAAUCUGAAAACGAACAAUUAAGAACUAUUGUGCCAAAAAACACAGAUGAGUAUAACUCGAUUAUUGAUAAAUUUCUUCAAUCAAUGACAAACAAAUAUACACAAAUCAUUAAACUUGAACGAAUUCAAAAUCUACGUUGGCACAUGCAAUACAUGGCUCAUUGGGAAGAUUUUAGAAAGCGAUUAAAUAAAAAUACAGAAAAGCGUUUAUAUCAUGGAUGUCCAAGUUCAGCAGCAGAUUCAAUUAUUCAAGAUUGUUUUAAUAGAAGUUUUGCGGGUGUCAAUGGUACACUGUAUGGUUUAGGUGUUUAUUUCUCAUCAAAUGCAGCUUAUAGUCAUGCAUAUACAAAAACAAAUGCAAAAGGAGAACGAUGUAUGUUUGUUGCUCGUGUUCUUGUUGGAAAGACAAUUAAAGGAAAUAGUUAUAUGAAAACUCGACCAUUUGGAUACGAUUCAACGACAGAUGGAGAUCAUAUUACUGUUACUUAUCAUGAUGCACAAGCAUAUGCUGAGUAUCUAAUUACAUAUAAAUAA